AAGGUUUAAGGUCAACAUAGCGGCAAAAAUGACACUUGCUAGUUACUUCACCAGAAAAGAAGAAAGUUAACCAACAAAUAUCCGCAAUUGUCAAACAAAAAUGGCCAACGAAAGCGACAGUAUUCUCCUUUUUCAUGAAAAUCGUAAAGCGGCCGAACAAAACGAGGGCUCGAAAAAUAAUUCGUGCAUCAAUAGCGAAUCUAGUGUACACAAUUCGAUGGCUCAGUCUCCCAGCUUAGAUAGUUUUUCGACGAUUAACGAUAUAGAUAAUUUAGACCUGAACGUCGACGUAAACCCGGAUUUUUACGUUAAAGUGGACAAUCCCGAGAGGCAGCUGGAUACCCUCGAGACAUACAUCACAUUCCAGAUAACGACAACCGUUCAGCAGGAAGAUUAUCACGAAGGAGAAUACGUGGUGCGAAGGCGCUACAACGAUUUUUUGUGGUUGAGGCAGAAACUGGCGGAAAGCCACCCGUUUUGCAUUAUAGCGCCAUUGCCCGCUAAACACUCUUUGAUAGGUCAGUUAGAUAGAUACGAUAAAAAGUUCAUAAUGCUCAGGAUGAAGUCGUUAAAUGUAUUUAUUUCGAGGGUUUGUUCACAUCCAGUAUUAAGUCACAGUCCACACCUUAAGGUUUUUUUAACUGCAAAAACCAAAGACUUUUCUGCAAGCAAAGGGCAAAAGACGCAGUCCGAGCGUCAAAACUCGGGCAGCUUACACAGUUCAGUGUCAGAAAGCACGAACCCGGCUUUGAAGGGCAACAAUUUCAAAUUCGAUAGGAUCAAGGCUUAUCUGAACACACUCUCCGAAAAGUUAUCGUCCAUUGAGAAAAUAUCUAAUCGUAUAAACAAAGAAAGAAUCGAUUUGGUGGCGGAAUUGACAAAUUUCCAUCCGUAUUUCGCCACGUGGGCCGAAUCCGAGCCCCAACUGAGCGAUACACUGGAACGCGUAUCGGGCGCGAUUCGGGAGGACGCCGAGUCCCAAAGUGCCCUGAUCCACUCUUACCCCGCCGACCUGGGCUACUGCAUUAAGGAAUUCCUGCAGUAUAUCGAAGUCGUGCAGGCCACUCUAAAAAAACGCGAGGCGCUUCAGCACACUUACCAAAUGUCUCUUGAGGAGCUCAACAGGAAAAGAGCUGAUAAAGAAAAGCUCGUGGCCAUAUCGCAAGAAACGCCGGCGGCUCCGCCUCCCGCCACGUUUUCGCUGUGGAAACAGCCGAAGAGCGAGGAAAAGUUGGAAAAGUUAAUCACGCACAUCCCGGGCCUGUUGAAACGGACAGAGCUCGACCACGAGAAUUUGGAACUGGCGAGCGACAUCUUGCGCGGCGACCUGCAUCGCUGGCAGCUCGAAAAGCAACGGUUUCUCAAGAAAACCCUGCUCGAUUUCGUCAACAAGCAGAUAAUGCACUACGAGCGCAGCGUCGGCUCGUGGCAAAACGUCACAGCGCAGCUCACGCAGUUGAGAAACGCCACAGAUGGCUCGUCGGUAACCAAAUGACGCAGAGAAUACCUGUUUUCUAACGCUUUUAUUUUGUGAUUCGUUAUCGACUUUUUUUUCAGUCCGCGCACUAUAUUCAAAUUUAACCGUUUCCUUCGGGUGGCUAACUGGGCUGCUGGCUGGCACGUGUCCCGUUCACAAUCAGUUUAUUAUGAUGUAGUUCAUUAUUAUUAAUAACGGAAAAUAAAUCGA